GCAGCAGCAGCUCCCCUCCGGUGAUGCUACGUGUAGCAACAAGCCCCUGUACUGUGCUGUCCGCUCCUCAUACCUGUAGUUGGGAGUGUCUUUACUUCUUCUCCUCCAGCAGCCUCAAGUCUCAUGUCAAUGGAGUUUAAUGGACUCUGCGAGCUGUCAGCGGGGUCAAAAGAAAGCAAACCCGAGUUAACCAUGCGGAGUGACCACGGUGUUGGUGUUUAAAGAUGACGUUAGUGUGAGCUUUACGUGUCUCUGUAAUGAUAGUCAGCGGAGAGGCGAGCUAACAGCUAACAGCUAACAGCUAGCGUUCAGUCAGUCAACUUGUUUAGCAGCAUACCACAGUAGCUUCUCUGCUGUACCAGCCAGUAGCAGUGGACCUGAGACACUUCACUGUUUAGUCGUGUUAGAGGUAUGGUUCAUGUGGUGGUUUGAUGGGGCUUUUAAGGAUCAUGAUGCCGGCCAAGUUCCAGCUGUUGGCCGUGUUGGUUUUUGCAGUAGCGAUGCUGUUUAUAGAGAACCAGAUCCAGAGGCUGGAGGAGUCCAGAGCCAGACUGGAACGUACCAUUGCCAGACACGAGGUGGCUGAAGUCGAGCAGCGUCACAGUGAAGAUGCUGGGAGGGAAUCGUCGCCGCUGGCGGAAAAAGACGACAUGGUCAUCAUCUACAACAGAGUGCCCAAGACGGCCAGCACAUCCUUCACCAACAUCGCCUACGACCUGUGCGGGAAGAACCGCUUCCACGUCCUGCACAUCAAUACAACCAAAAAUAAUCCUGUCAUGUCUCUCCAAGACCAAGUGCGCUUUGUCAGGAAUGUCACCUCGUGGAGAGAGAUGAAGCCCGGUUUCUACCACGGCCAUGUAGCUUAUCUGGACUUCUCAAAAUAUGGGGCGAAGGGUAAGCCCAUGUACAUAAAUGUGGUGAGGGACCCCAUAGAACGCCUGGUGUCGUACUACUACUUCUUACGUUUUGGAGACGACUACAGACCGGGUCUACGACGUAGGAAACAAGGAGACAAAAAGACCUUUGAUGAGUGUGUGUCAUCAGGUGGGUCCGACUGUGCUCCUGAGAAACUCUGGCUGCAGAUCCCCUUCUUCUGCGGCCACCAUUCAGAGUGCUGGACUGCAGGCAGUAGAUGGGCCCUGGAACAGGCCAAAUACAACCUGGUGAAUGAGUACCUGCUAGUUGGAGUAACUGAGGAGCUGGAGGACUUCAUCAUGAUCCUGGAGGCAACACUGCCACGCUUCUUCAAGGGAGCCACAGAUCUCUACAGAACAGGAAAGAAGUCCCAUCUGCGAAAGACAUCCGAAAAGAAGCCCCCCGCCAAAGAGACAAUAGCCAAGCUGCAGCAGUCUGACAUCUGGAAAAUCGAAAACGAGUUCUACGAGUUCGCACUCGAACAGUUUCAAUUUGUGCGUGCUCACGCUGUCAGGGAAAAAGACGGAGAACUUUACGUCCUGGCUCAGAGCUUCUUCUAUGAAAAGAUCUACCCCAAAGUGAACUGAAGGUGUAGCCACAAAAAAGAGAGACAAGGGGCUGCACGGGGGACUUUCCCGGGACUCUAUUAGAAAGUAAUUUGCACUGGGAGGAAGUUCAUCAAGUGAUGCUGGAGUAUGCUUUUUCUGACCCUGUUACAGAUCGUACAGCGGACUUUCUACGAGGAAUGUGUCUAAUUUUUUUUAUUGUGUGUGCAGCUGUUGAGAGAACUUAACGUGGAUAUAAACCGUCAGUCUGAACGGUGAGAAAUAUUUCAAACCCAGAGCGAAGGGUGAAAUGGUUACUGGAUGUGAUACAUCUCAAAACCCAAACACAAGCAGCCUUUGAUUUAUGAAGUCCUGUGUUUGUUUUUUUGGGUGGAGCGUCAAGAUAAAAGCAGCAAACCUCAACUAGUUCAACAAGUUUCAAACCAUAUUUUUCGGACAGAUUUCAAAAAGCUCUCAAUGCUGUUCAGCUCCACGUUGUAUUAUUAUUAUUUUUUGCACAUUUUUACUACAUCAGAAAUUCUUGUUGACAAACUGUUACAAACAAAUCCGAGGUGCGUUUGUACAUAGCGUAUUAACAUGCAGGGAACAUGUUUUUUGGGACCAAAUGGUAGCAAAUGAAAAUAGAUUGGACCAUUGCAUCCUUUGGUGCGUGACUAGUAAUGUUUUUUAAUCCCUCUGAGAUGUUCUAGACACGUUUAUUAACACAUAUCAGUAUUUUAUCACAGAGACUGACGUGCGUCUUUGAUAUAAUUGAUAGAUGCUGUUUUAGCCUGUGAACUGACCACAGCUGGAGCAGGAGAAAGGUAUUAAUGAACAAAAAGGAAUAGCAUGUGUUGAGUACAGGGUUUACCAGAGCUUUGACGUGGUCACAGGGUCAUUUCCCCGGUGGACAGGAGUGGAGUUAGAGCUGAUAGUGCCUUUAUUACAACGUUAAUUUUUUUUUGCCACUCAUUUUUCAGUGAUACCACAAUCAUGUUUUCUCUUUUUCUUUUUGUACAACUGCAGUUCCUGUUUCUCUUCUGUUUCACACUCCAUUAAUAACCUAAACAUGGAUACAUAACUGCAA